UGCUUCUGAAAUGUAAAAAGGCGUAAAGCAGCCAACCAUUUUCAUUCUAUCAGAGAAACGCGAAAAAACAGCAGUACUUGGCAAACAAUAUGGUGUUGCAAGUUCGAGUUUUUGUUUUUCUCGCGGUCUUCUCUUGUUUGGCUACACUUUCAAAAGGUUUGACUUUUGAAGACUUCUUUGAAGAGCUAGACCGAAAUGAUGGGCGAACUGAUUAUAUGGCUGACCCAGAGAAAGAGUACGAUGGACCAAGGACAGCACAGCAACGGAAAGACUGGGUUGGCUACCACAAAAUGAUGACAUUUUAUCAACAGAGUAUCAACUACUUCCUCUCCAAGAAUUGUCCAGUCUGCGUUCAAAAGAUGAAGCCUAGGCUUAAGGUGAUCAAGAAAAAGGUUUACGUAAAGCAAGCAUGCAAAGUGAAGAAAAUAUUUGUCAACAACUGUACAAAGCCAGGCUCAUCUCCGAAGCUCCCAUCUAAACCUGCACCACCGCCGCCAGCUAAACCUGCACCACCACCGCCAGCAAAACCGGCACCACCACCGCCUGCAAAACCGGCACCACCACCGCCUGCAAAACCGGCACCACCACCGCCAGCUAAACCUGCACCACCACCGCCAGCAAAACCGGCACCACCACCACCUGCAAAACCUGCACCACCACCGCCUGCAAAACCUGCACCACCGCCGCCAGCAAAGAAACUUGAGCAAGGAGGAAGGACUUUGGGGCCCUGCGGAGACAUUUGUGAAGGAUUUAAACUGAGUCACAGAGGCUGCUAUCACGACAGACACGUGCGACACAAAAGACCAAUGCCAAGGUUGCUCGAGUCGAUGAGAUCCAAAAAAAGCAAGGUGUAUUUUGGAUUUAUGCUCAAGUGGAAGAAGUAUGAAGAGUCUUUGUCAACGUUUAUCUGUAGAUGCGCCAAGCGCGCAAAGAAGCAUGGAUACAAAGCAUUUGGUAUCGAGUACUUUGGAGAAUGCUGGAGUGGACCUAAAGCGCAUUUGCAUUACAAGAGAGACGGCAAAACUAAAAGAUGCAUCAACACUUCAUUUAAAACAUGCAACACCAAAAAGGAUUGUCGCUGCACUGGUGUACAACAUUCACUUUCUGUUUAUUUUUUUGAUUACUUAUCAAACAAUAAAUCUAUUCUAAUACCCUUUUCGACACCAGCCAACCUUGAAGCGCAAAACCCUAUGAAACUUCUGGAUGAGCUUUCGAUGACCGCGUUUGGGAUGGAGCAAGGGAUCAUAACUCUCUUACUUUUGGCACUGUUCACGUCUUUGGUGACAUAUUCUAAAGGCCUGACAUUUGAAGACUUCUUUGAAGAGCUGGACAGGCGUGAAAAUGGUGCAAGAGACCCCGAGGAGCUGCAUAACAAGCUCGACCCGACUGAUGCACAAGUUGAUAAUCUUACAGAGCAAGAAGAAGAGUACGAUUGGACAGAGGCUGCACAACGAAGAAAAGACACAGUUGGCUUCACCAAAAUGCUGACAUUCUAUCACGAGAGCGUCAAUUAUUACCUCACCAAAAAUUGCCCCGCAUGUACCAGUAGAGUAAAAAAUCCUAAAGUUAUUGAAAAGAAGGUUUAUGUGAAAACAAAAUGUAAACCAAAGAAAAUAUUUGUUAAUAACUGCUCGGAAGUAACCAAACCCCUAAAGCCUCCUACAAAACCGUCACCUCCAUCUAGACCGUCACCACCUCCAUCUAAACCGUCACCACCGCCAGCUAAACCUGCACCACAACCGCCAGCUAAACCGUCACCACCGCCAGCUAAACCUGCACCACAACCGCCAGCUAAACCGUCACCACCACCAGCUAAACCUGCACCACCGCCAGUCAAACCUCCAUCACCACCGACGAAACCUGCAAAAUCACCAGCUACGCCUACACCGCCAUUGAUUAAACCUCCACCGCCGCCAGCUAAACCAAAGCCGAACGGUGGAACGCAAAAUUCCUGUGGAGGACUGUGCAAAGGAAUAAGUCUGAGAUACAGAGCCUGUUUCCGCGAUAGGAGCAGACGACAUAGAAGGACCAUGCCAAGAUUGCUGGAAACCAUGAGGUCAAAAUCGAGCAGAUUCUUUUCUGGUUUCGUCGUCAGACGUACUAACUUCAAAAAAGCAUUGUCAGUAUUCAUAUGCAGAUGUGCAAAGCGAGCCUUGAAGCUGGGAUAUCGGGCAUUUGGAAUUGGAAACUACGGCGAAUGUUGGAGUGGUCCAUACGCACAUUCUAACUUCAGCAAAGGGGGUCCAUCAACAGGCUGCAUCAAUACGUCAAUCAAGAGAUGCAGGCGUAAAACAAACUGUCCAUGUACUGGAAAGAAAGGUUCACUAUCUGUGUAUGCAGUUCGCAGGCACAAAACUAAGAAUUAGCAAUGAUUUGCUAUAAUCAAUUACAUUUAGCAUUGUUCACUGUCAUUGUUUUCUCCGUUAUCAAAAAACAUCUAUGAGAAUAUCA